AUGAGGACCAAGCCGCCCUCCGCUGCUACCACUCCUCCUUCCUCUACUGCUUCAAAUCGCCCAGUUAAGCGUCGAAAGACCCUUUCUGAUACUGCCGCCGUUCCCAAUGACCUCCUACCUUCCCCGACCGAUAACAAUGCCACCAUUACGCCUGAGAAUGCGGGGCAGCAGCACCUCCGCAGUGCCUCUCUUGACCACUCUGCAAUCGCGAAUGGUUAUGCAAACUUUCAGAACUCCCCCACCGAAUCAUAUGGCACCGAGGGUGCUAGAAGCCCCGCUACUUACACCGCCGGCGAUCUAACAGCCAUGGAGAUGGAUAUCGACGGAGCUCACUUCUCUGGUGAGGCUAGUACUCUGACUAGUCCAACGACCAACCCAAAAGUCAACAUUUCUGGUGCUGAGAAGCAGAUAACCAAGAGGGCUUGUAAUGAGUGUCGGCAGCAGAAGCUACGGUGUGAUGUCGUUCAGAAUCCCUAUACGGACUGUUCCCGGUGCAAGCGGCUCAAGCUCGAAUGCCGGAUUGACAGUAACUUCAAGCGGACUGUCAAGAGGAGUAAAAUCGCCGAGAUGGAGAAGGAAGUAGCCUAUCUACGCUCAAUGCUGGGGAUGACUUCUACCACCUCGAGUCCGGUAGUGGCUCAACCGCCAAUCCAGUUUUCCCCUGGUGGUCAAAUCUCACAGCCACUGCUGGAAGCGUCAGCUUCUGCCAUAUCAUCAUUUGCGGCCUCGCAAUCAAUUCCUGAUGGUUUUGGUGCAUUUGGCUCGCAGGCAAAUAAUAAUGACCAGGACUUGCAGCUCACAAGUCUACUGGCUGAUAUGAAGAAUGACAGGCGGCCAAAGCUUACAGUAGAAAGCGCGCCACCGAAGGAUUCGCAGACACUGGAGGAUGUCAUGCUUACAAAGGGGCAAAUUGAUGAACUAUUCAAAGUAUAUUUCGAUCACUACCACCCUUUCCUCCCCAUGCUGGAUCCCGCUACUUCACCAUCGAUGUAUUAUUCAUCAUCCCAACUGCUCUUCUGGGUCAUAAUCUCAAUUGGCUCGCGGCGUUACCCAUCUGGCGAACCGAACCUUCUCAUGCGGCUGUCUCGGGCGGUAUCAAAGUUGGUCUGGUCGACGUUAGCUACAGUUCCUCAUAACAAAUUUGUCGUCAAGGCACUUAUCCUGAUAUCCACCUGGCCAUUCCCUACCUCGAGCACCCUGAACGACCCCACAUAUAUGUUGAGCUGUCUAGCUGUGUCAGUGGCAAUCCAAAUGGGUCUCCACAGACCCGCCUAUACCAAAGACUACACCAAGUUUGCCAACAAAGCUAAAGCUGAUAGUAUGGAGAUCUGUGAUCGAACUACUACUUGGGCUUGCUGCAAUAUAAGCUCGCAAAGUGUGAGCACUGGUCUUGGUUUACCGCCAGACACGCAAUACGACUGGACGAUCUCAAAUGCCGUACUCCACAACGCCAAAUACCCGCUUCCUACGGAUAUUCGCAACCUCGUCCUCAUUCAACGUUUUGUUGACACGGCGACACGUUCACUUAACUCGAACAAUAAUGACCCAAUUGGUCUGCUUGAGAGGGAUAGCCGCCCCGCCGUAAUCACACUCCUCGAACGCCGGCUGGACGAACUGGAGGGUGAAAUAAAUGCCACGCUCACCCCUCUUCAUCGCAUCUACCUCCUCUGCGCUCGCCUCCACCUCCGUAGCUUCUACCUUUUCGAGAGCCCAACAACAUCAUCCGCGAGCACGAAUAGGGUUAUAAACCUCUACAGCGCUGCGGAAUCGCUUGUGACCCACAUCCUCAAGGUUGAAGACGCCGUGGUCGAUUACUGCCCCGUAUACGUCUAUCAAAUGUUUACUUGUGCAGCCUUUAUGAUGCUGAAGGUAUUGCGGAGCAGCUACUUUAAUAGGUAUCUUGACGUGGAAAGUGGUAUCAAGGGGUUUAAUGCGGCAUUGGGGUUGUUAAGGAACAUGUCCAUAGCCGAUAACGAUCUUCCUGCACGUAUGGCAGAUGUUCUCACACAACUCUGGGAAUGCGGAAGUUUGGGACCUGGAUCGGCAACUGGGGGAAGUGUAGAUGGUAGUGUUAUUAGCGGCGCUAUGAGCACAGUAUCUAAGGAAGAGGGGGGAGAAGGGGGAGAAGCGCUUCAUUCAGGCUGGGACCUGCGGAUUCGGAGCCGAAUGAGCCAGAGCGUUGUAUAUGAUAGCUUGUGGAAAUGGAGGGAGCAGUUUAGGGAACGAAACGCGAUAUUACAAGCGAGAGAAGAAGUUGGUGGUGCCGUUGCAUCAGUAGUAGAUAAAUUAACACUUAACCCGACACCCUCACAACAAGCAGGGUCUACAAUUACACCUCAGCAAUCGCAAACACCAGCAGCACAGCAACAACAGAUUACACCAUUACAACAUCGACAGACUUUCCCAGUUCUCUCUAACGCCUUCCAGCGACAAUCUACUCCACUUAUACCAAACGAUCUCCUAGCUACACUCUCUACACCCGCACCUCCAACGACACCAGGCGGCACAUCUGCCACACGUUUACAAAAUCCCAUGUUACCAAUUCCAACGACAGCAAGCAAUAGCGAGACUCCAUCCGUUGUCUCUGCUGGUGGAUUAGACACCACAGGCAGCGUGGUGGAUAUGAACCAAAUGUUUGGAGUCGCUGGAAUGGCUGGUGGGAUGGGUGGUGUCGGCGGUGACGCCUUCGAUCUGAACUGGGUGCUUGACGGGUUUGAAUUCUUACCAUUGCCUGGUGAUGAUGGUGACAUCGGUGGUGUUGGGGGUGCUGAAGGAGCAGCUGGGAUAUUUGGGGUUGGUAUUUGA